AUGGCCGAAUACCACGGCGACCCGAGAGGCCACUCGUCCAACUACCAGCGCGAUGCCGCCUUCUCCAACAUUUUCGGCGCCUCUCCCCCGCCGGGACGCUCCCAGACAAUGACCUCCUCCUCGAUGCCUCCUCAGAUGAUGCCGCAACAAGGCAGGACGCAGACAAUGUCGUCUAUGCAGCGACAACCACCCCCGAGAGUGCCUCCGGGCCAAUAUAUGGAUCGCGAGCCGGGCUCUCCGAGAGGCGCUCCGGUGCAGCCUAAUGGGUACGCGGCACAGCAGCGUUCAGCGUCUGGCGGUUACCAAGUGCCCAAUCCUCAAGCACACUACAUGCAGCAGCAACAACAGGCUCGCCGCCCAUACGGAGGACCCGCCGGUCCCAUCCCCCAGCGCGGUGAUGCUAGAGUCCCGCCGCCGCCGUCCCAGGGGCAAUACGGUCCGCCAAGAACCGCAGCACAGAGAUACUACCAAGCAGGAGGAGUCCCAGGGCCGGCUUUGAAUAACGAUCCCUACCGCUCGCAGUCUCUAGCUUCCGCCCCAAGACCGAACAUGUACCAGCCUCCCCCGAGCGCCUACGGCUCCCAGCCGAAUCACCAAGCCCCGGCCAACGCUUUCCGCCAACCUCCGUACAACCCGAGUUCGUCUCGAACCACUGCUCAAGGAAGAGUUGUGCCGGAACGCCACGAUGAUCGGGCCAUGUCAAUGACCGGAUACCCCCCUCAGGACCGCGACAUACAUCAAUACCAAAAUUCGCACCAGACGAUGAGCGGACGGGUCAUUCCGAACAGGAGGGCGCCUGUGGAGUUGCCGGCCACCAAUGGCAGCUUCGGGGGAGGCUACACACCGGCGCCAGGGUCUCAGACGAGGACGACCAGCAUGGCUUCCUCGACUGGCGACGUAGGCAACCAAAGGACAAUGUCGAUGGCGUCCACGGUGGCACCCACGAUAACACCUUCGGAAAGCGACGCUGCAACACUGGCACAUAGGCCCUCCAUGAGCAAGUCCAUCGACAGUGAACGGCCGCCGACUGGCAAGAUUCGGCCUCCCCUCGUAUAUCCCGCGUUACUGUCAAGGGUUGCCGACUGCUUCCGACAAAAGAUCAUCACCGGCGACCGGACGAAGAACGAGCUCACUUAUAAGAACGCCUUUAGCGGUGCCGAGGCUGUGGAUGUCUUGUCGUACAUUAUUAGAACGACUGACCGAAACCUGGCGCUGUUGCUGGGACGAGCACUCGAUGCGCAAAAGUUCUUCCACGACGUAACAUACGAACACCGUUUGCGAGAUUCGACAUCAGAAAUGUACCAGUUCCGAGAAACGCUCAUGGAAGAACCCGAAGAGAAGCCACCUGUCAACGGUGUCUUCAGACCAACUUUGCUACUCCAUUGCCUGCCCCGCAGACUGGAGCAGGUGUCUCGGUUGAACCUGAAGAUCCAGCCUGGUUUGAAGAAGGAAUCCGACAACGCCGCGAACGAGGACGAUGUCGAUCAAACCGACGAGCAAAAGUUGUGGAUAAAUUCCGUGCCGAGAGAAGUGGCCGAUAGCGUUGGAGACAGGGAGAAGAAGAGGCAGGAGGUCAUCUCGGAGAUUUGCUACACAGAGAGAGAUUUCGUCAAGGAUUUGGAAUACCUUCGCGACUUUUGGAUUCUGCCCUUGCGGUCCAAGGCUUCUCCUAUCCCUGCUAACCGGAGGGAGAAGGUUGUCAAAUCGAUUUUCAGCAACAUCGUGGAUCAUCCGAGUCUCCACGCAGUGAGCUCACGGUUUGCCAAGUCGUUGACGGAGCGGCAACAGAAGAACCCGGUUGUCGGCAACAUCGGUGAUAUCUUCGCCGAGUGGGUACCUCAGUUCGAGCCAUUUAUUUGGUAUGGUUCCAGGCAAUUGGAGGCCAAGUUCGAAUUCGAGAACGAGCGCUCUGCCAACCCGUACUUUGCCAAGUUUGUGGACGAGAUUGAGCGGAGGAAAGAGUCGCGCAAGCUGGAGCUCAACGGUUACCUCACCAAGCCGACAACCCGUUUGGCUCGUUAUCCGCUGUUGCUGGAGAACGUGCUCAAAUACACCGAAGAUGGCAAUUCUGAUAAGGAAGACAUCCCGAAGGUGCUAAAGUUGAUCCGCGACCUGCUGACCAGGGUCAACGCCGAGUCUGGAAAGGCCGAGAACAGAUUCAACCUGAGGCGUUUGCACGAGCAACUGCGCUUCAGGCCAAACGAGAGGGUUGAUCUGCGGCUGACGGAGGAAGGCAGAGAACUGGUGUUCAAGAGCCAGCUGAAGAAGACGCCACAGGACGCUUCUGAGAUCACGGCCUUCCUGUUCGACCACGCGGUUCUUCUGGUGAGAAUCAAGCAAGCCGGCAAGGGCGAGGAGAUCAAAGCAUACAGGCGGCCAAUUCCCUUGGAGCUGCUUGCUAUUCGGGAGAUGGAGGAGGUCAUCCCUGGGUCUGGCGCCAUGAAGCGAUCGUCUUCGAGUCUGAUCCCCCAACUGCGGACCAACACGAACGAUGGCAAGAAGGGCGACGGCUGGCCAAUUACGUUCAGGCACUUGGGCAAAGCCGGGUACGAAUUGACGCUUUAUGCGUCAAACCAGGCCGCACGUAAGAAGUGGCUCGAGUUCAUCGAUAGCGCCCAACAACGUUUGAGGGCCCGCGCCGACUUCUUCAACACCAGCGUCAUCUCUGCAGGAUUCUUUGUCGGUACCAACCAAGUCAACUGUGUUACGCCAUAUGACGGCGGACGCAAAUUGCUGUACGGCACGGACAAUGGCAUCUACCUCUCCGACCGCAAGAGCAGGGAUGCGAUGCCUAAGCGUGUCAUUGAAACGACAAGCGUUACCCAGCUUGAUGUUCUCGAGGAGUAUGGCCUCCUCUUGGUGCUGUCCAACAAGGCUCUCUACUCGUAUCCUCUUGGAGCUCUCGACCCGAACGAACCGGCUCUUUCCAAGCGACCCAAGAAGAUCCAGAGUCACUGCAACUUCUUCAAGACAGGCAUCUGCCUGGGCAGGCAUCUCGUGUGCUGCGUUAAGUCCUCGGCUCUCUCGACUACAAUAAAGGUGUACGAGCCCAACGACGCCAUGUCCAAGGGGAAGAAGCAAAAGGGCUUUGGCAAGAUGUUCGCUGGGCAGGACGAGCUCAAGCCGUUUAAGGAAUUCUACAUCCCCACGGAAUCGUCGUCCGUACACUUCCUCAAGUCGAAGUUGUGUGUGGCAUGUGCCCGUGGUUUCGAGGUGGUAUCGCUUGAGACGCUCGAGACCCAGUCGUUGCUUGACCAGGCCGACACGAGUCUUGACUUUGUUGCACGGAAGGAGAACGUCAAGCCGAUCCACAUUGAGCGACUCAACGGCGAGUUCCUGCUCAACUACUCCGAGUUCUCCUUCUUUGUCAACCGGAACGGUUGGCGCGCGAGACCGGAAUGGCGCAUCGAUUGGGAGGGAACACCACAGAACUUUGCUCUCAGCUACCCAUGGAUCCUGGCGUUUGAGCAAAACUUCAUUGAGCUCAGGAAUAUCGAGAAUGGCGCCGUACACAUUGUGCCGCACAAGAAUAUUCGGAUGCUGCACAGCAGUACGCACGAGAUCAUUUUCGCGUAUGAAGACGAAAAGGGCGAGGACGUUGUCGAAGCCAUCGACUUUUGGAAGAGCAAUAGGAGAUCCGAGAUUCCUUGA